AUGGGCUUCGACGACCUCCCCGAGGAGCUCGUCGCAAAAAUUCUCACUAGCUGCUGCGAGACGGAACUGCUCGCCGUCGCCCGGCUCAGCCGCCGGCUGCGCCGCCUCGCGAGCUCCGACCGCCUGUGGCGGCCGCUGGCUGAGGCUCGCUUCACGAGCGCCUCGGGGAGAGAGGUGGUCGGCCGCUACGCACACGCGACGCGCUGGGUGCACGUCUUCCGCUUUGCGCUCUGCGAGCGGCAGCGCGCCGCGCUGUACUCUGCUCGCGCCGACGUUGUCUCGGCGGAGAGGCGCGUCGAGUCGCAGCGGAGUGAGGUGCACGAGCGCUCGCAGCAUCUGCGCCGUCUUCGCUCCGCCGCAGCGCGGCAGCAAGCAGCGCGUCAGCAAGUAGGAGCAACUAAAAUAGUUGAGGAGGUGAAGGCGGUGGAAGCGAGGAUAGCAAAGGCUGAAGCUAACUCACUUUCGCGCGUGCAUGAGGGCGUCCUCCGAUGCUCGCGCGCGGCGGUCGCCGAGCUCGAGGCUGCGGUCGGCCAGCUGGAGCCGACAGACCCCCGCCAGCGUGCGCUCUACCGCCAGCGCGCCUUGGCCGCUCGCCACCAGGCUGGGCCGCCGGCGGGGCGGGUUGUCAGGGAGCCUAACCACAUGCCAAAAAGCAUCGGGCAGAAUCACAGUUCUUAG